CGAUUAGUAACAGUUGGGGAACUAUUGCUGGGCAAUAACUUCGUAUUACUAAAUCGUGAUCCACGUUCAUAAUUUUGUAAUAAAAAGUUUCUAUAUAAAUAAGAAGUUCCCUAUAACAGUGCAGUGUGUUUCUGAACUUAGUGCAGCUAAAAUGAAAGUGUUGAUCUUUAUUUGUCUCGCAAUAAUCCACGGAUCAUACUGUGUGGAUGAUUAUGUGUCAGUUUCUUGCAAUUAUGGUUACGUCAAAGGGAAAGUCGUUCAUGGAAAUGAGAAGCCUUAUGAAGCGUUCUAUAGUAUACCAUAUGCUAAGCCACCUGUUGGGCCUCUGAGGUUCAGCAAUCCUGUCCCUUGCGAUUCGUGGAAAAAUGCCUAUGACGCCACGUAUCCACGUAGUGAGUGCCUUCAGAAAAUCUACUAUGGAAAUACACCUUACGUCAAAGGUGACGAAGACUGCCUCUACCUGAGUGUAUAUCGACCAUGCAACAGAAAACCCCAUGAAAAACUUCCAGUUAUUGUCUAUUUUGGUUUCGGUGCAUUCACUAAUUCUUACACGAGUCCCGAGAAUCUCUCACCAGACUACUUCAUGGAUACCGAAAGAGUAAUAGUUGUUGUUGUUCAAAGUCGUCUUGGUCCCUUCGGGUACCUGAGUUCAGGCGAUACACAUUGUUUAGGAAAUUUUGGCCUCAAGGAUCAAAGACUAGCUCUUCAGUGGGUCAGUGACAAUAUUGAAGCAUUCCAAGGCGAUUGUGACUGUGUAACACUUAUGGGAGCUGGUUCAGGUGCUAUUUCUGCUGUUUAUCACUGGCUCAAUGACGAUACCUCACAAUUCUUCCAAAAAAUAAUCCUCAAGAGUGGCAAUUUUCUUUAUCAUGGAGCUGUCCUUGAAGACCCCUACGAACAAUUCCUUGAUCAUGCCAAAUUGAUUGGAGUGCAAUAUCCUGAGAAGCUCUCUACACUUGAACUCACUGAAAAACUCCGAAAAGCUGAUGCAAAACUUCUCCUGAGUGCUACUGAUAUGUUACCAUAUUGGAAAAAAUUCGAAUACUAUCGACUAGUUGUUGAAGCAAACUGCAACGAAGCGUACGUUACGAAAGAUCCAAGAACAGCCUGGGUGUCAGGACAUUUUGAGCCGAAGCCACUAUAUGUCACCUUUACCCAGAAUGAUGGAAAUGUGAGAGCUGGAGUUCUUCUCGAUAAGCACCUCAGGAAGCAUUUCAAUUUGAAUGUUGAGAAAAAUCUUCCUGAUGCUCUUGACAUUGAUCCCAAAAACUUUCCUGACGUAAAACACUUCUACUUCAAGGACGGAGAUUGUAAAAUCACAGAUUACAAUAUCUGGACAUAUUUGGAUAUAUUCACAACCAGAUAUUUCGAGCAGUCUCUGUACAACACAGUCAAGUGCUACGUUCGUAACGUUAAUACCCAAAAAUAUCCACUAUCAAUCGAUAAAUUCAACUUUAACGGACCCUGUCACUUCACUAAAGUCUUCACAGGUUACGACGUGAAUCUCGGUACGGGAUUCAGCGAUGAUCUUCUUUAUCUCUUUAGAUUCCCAUCGCUGUUUACGGAUUUUGACUACAAAUCCGUUGAUUACCAAGUGAAGAACAUUUACGUGGAUACACAUAUCAACUUUGCCGUAACUGGUUGGCCUAACCAAUGGUCACAUCUGGCUACAUGUGAUAACCUAUAUUUCGAGAAAUAUGGCUUCUGCGAGUAUCAAGAGUUUGGCAAUCAAACUCAAUAUGUCAACAGAGUUUUGCACAAUCAAGCGACCGUCGAACCAUCUAACUACUUCGAAUUGGAUCAAGUCAAUCUUUGGAAUCAGCUUACUUCUCACAAUUAAGUUAAAUAUGGAUAUUGCUAUCACAAAAUUUGUUUGAUUUUUGGUGUUUUUCCUCUGUAUGUUGUUAAUUUUUUUACAAUUAUUUUUUUUUGUUUUUUUCCUGAAAUUGCUGAAAAACGGUACGAACUUAGUUGAGCACCUAGUACAAGAUCAUCUUCUUGACAGACGCAUCGUUUUCUUUCUGCAUUAGAAAGACACAUAUUGUAACGAAACUUAGUAACAUGAUUUCAAAACCCAUUAAAAAAUACAUAUUUCUGAAUUAGUUAGAGUCAAAGAAUCUUGAAUUAAUAAUCUAUGACUCUGAGGCUAUUUUUUCAAAUUUGACACUUUAAGUAGCUCGAAAGGAUAUUGCAAAAUAUUAGUCACGAAAUCCAUAAACACGACUUCAUCAGAUAUUUAAAAAACAUGUAAAUUCAAAUUAGCAACUGAUAGCAAUGAUUAGGUAUCACCAAGUCACGACACACAUUCACAACUUUGAAAUAAAAGAUUGAGCACAGAAA